CAGCCAGUGCGACGCCGGCGACCGCGGCCCCGCGCCGCGGCGCGCCCAGCCACGGCAGACCUGCUGCCCGCCGCCCUGGAACCCGGCCUCGGCAGCCUGUUCGCGCUGCGCGGGCCCGCCAUGGACCUCACCACCGCCUACCGCUACAACCAGAACAUGAUGGAGUACUACACCUGUCACGGCGGGGUGAACCAGCUGGGCGGCGUCUUCGUGAACGGCCGGCCGCUGCCCGACGUCGUGCGCCAGCGCAUCGUCGAGCUGGCCCACAACGGCGUGCGGCCCUGCGACAUCUCGCGCCAGCUGCGGGUCUCCCACGGCUGCGUCUCCAAGAUACUGUCCAGGUACUACGAGACGGGCAGCUUCAAGGCGGGCGUCAUCGGCGGCAGCAAGCCCAAGGUGGCGACGCCGCUGGUGGUGGACGCGAUCGCCAACUACAAGCGCGAGAACCCCACCAUGUUCGCCUGGGAGAUCCGCGACCGGCUGCUCGCCGAGGGCAUCUGCUCGCAGGACAACGUUCCCAGCGUCUCCUCCAUCAACCGAAUUGUGAGGAACAAGGCGGCAGAGAAGGCGAAGCACGUGCACCAGUCGCAGCAGCAGCAGCAGCAGCAGCAACAGCAGCAGUCGGGGGCGGGGGCGUCGCCGGCGGGCAGCGGCGCGGGGGCGGGCGCGGGCGCGGGCCCCGGCGUGUCGGUGAUCGCGCACGCGCCCUCCGCCUCCGCGUCGGCCUCCGCCUCCGCCUCCGCGGCCGCGGCCGCCGCCGCCGCCGCCGCCGCCGCCCACGCGCACGCGCACCACGACGCGUCGCGGCCCGGCGCCUACAGCAUCAACGGCAUCCUCGGCAUCCCGCAGCACGCCGACCAGCCGACCGCCAAGCGGAAGCGCGACCACCACCACGCAGACGAGAACCGCGACCUCAACGGACACCCAGAUGACGACAUCAAGAGGCAGAGGACGCACUACAACGGCGAGCAGCUCUACUCCAACUUGUGGCCGGGCAAGUGGAGCAUCAAGGACGAGCACAAGCUGCUGUCGGAACUGGGCAGCAGCGCGGGGUCGCCCUACUACGACGGUGGGGGCGGCGGAGGCGGCGGGGGCGGCGCGGGGGGCGGCCAGGGCAGCCAGGGCUUCGCCGCGGCGGCUGCGGCGGCGGCCGCGGCGGCGGCCGCGGCUGUCGCGACGUCUUCCGCCUCGGCGGCCGACCUGUACGACGGCAUCGCCUCCAUGACGCAGCAGGCGCCCGUCUACACGCCCUCCCCGCUCGGCGGCUCGCUCACUCCACUGGCGCCCAUCACGAUGCAGGAGAUGAAGCUGUGCCCCAGCGCCGUGCUCGACCCCUCCAUGUCUCCGUACCAGCAAGUGGGCGCAGGCGGCGGCGCCGGCGUCGUCCCGGUGAGCGACUACUCGUACGGGCCGCCAUACUCGCAGUACUCGUCCACGUACGGCUCCUACGGCUACGGCGCCGGCGGGUUACUCACAGGCGCUCCCUACUAUCCGUACGGUGGCUGCGGCGGAGCCGGCAGCACCAGCAGCAGCUGCAGCAGCAGCAGCAGCAGUGGCAGCGGGGGCGGCAGUGGAGGCUGCGGGGGCGGCGGGGGCGGCUGCGAGCCUCCGCAGCUGCAGCUGCAGGCGCACCUGCUGGCCGCGGGCCGCGCCAGCUGCGCCCACUCCGAAUCGCGGUCGCCGCUGGCGGCCACAAGGGCCAGCUCUGGCGCCAGCGCGGCCUCUCCCACAGGCAGCGCCAGCGCCGCCUGCUCCAGGGCCCAGGGGCUGGACCUCCUGCUGGGCUGAGGCGGGAACUCCCAGCCGGUCUGGUCUGAGCCUCUCACCAGCGCCAGGCGGGGUCUCCACCUCCCGGGGCCUGACGCCCUGCCUCUGACCUCACACUGCAGAGCCUUAGUCCAUCAGAGGCCGAUCGCUGAUCUCACACUGCUUCUGGAGGACCCACGUCAUCACGGUCACCGUCACCGCUGACGGUCUCGUACCAGUCUCCCCCACCACCUGCCACAGUGCCCCGUACUCUGCGCGCUACCGGACUGCGCCACUGAUCUCAUCUGCUGCGGUCUUUCUACCGAACGCGAGAAAAGGCUGUCUCGGCACUUGCUGACUACUGGACGACUAGUCAGCACGAGAGGAAGAGAGAGUCGCCUGGUGCUGUACGUACGUCCCACUGCUACCACGAUGUCGGUGUUCGGAGUGUGGAGGCAUAGGACCUUUGGUGACUGCACGGCAGUUACACUCUGAACUGCGACCUUUCGUGUCUGUGGAGUACACCACUGGGAUACACUGUCGAUGUGAAGACUACGGCCACGAAGCUAUACCUAUAUACAACCGGAAGUAAAAUUAUGCGACCAUCUUAUACAUAUAUAAAUAUUAAAAGGAAAGUUAGAUGAUUUUUAUUUUUUGUAUACAGAACAGCCAAAGACUUGAUUUAUCAUAUCCCUUAUCAUCAUAAUCCUCUUUUCCAUAUCAUUAUAUGUACAUAUUAACGAAUGUUUCUUUUUUAUAUAAUAUAUAAAUAUUCCUCACAAAUCUCGCACUUGCACAAACAGUAAUCCUUAAUUGUGUCGUUAAGGCCUACUUGCAUCCCACCUGGAAGAACCUCUAGGUAAAUGUUUCUGAAAAAAAAAAGAAUAGCCACCUUCAUUAGCUCAGCAGCUUCUCGUUUAAACACAGUAUGAGGUACUU